AUGGAACGAUUCAGGAAUCGUAUACGCGCAAAGCAUGACAACAUUGUCGAGAGGAUUCGCUUCUUGAGAGUUGGCCGACGUGGACAUAUCGACCAGGCUGAGACAACAGUCCCAAUUCCUGACGCAGUCAAUAAGUCGCCACAAUACAACCGCUUGGCUCGAGAUCGAACUAUUCGAGUCCUCGAUCUGGCUCCCGGCACAUGGGACGAACCCGUCAACUGCUCCUUGAGAACAGUUCAUCUGGACGAUGACGACCCUCGCUACGAAGCGAUCUCAUACGCCUGGGGCGACCACAACGAUCGGAAGCCAAUAAUUUGCAACGGAUGCGCUAUCACCACAACACGUAACCUGUUCGAGGCUCUACAGCGCUUCAGAUACGUCGAUACCACAAGGACGCUCUGGGCCGACGCACUGUGUAUAAACCAAGCCGAUGACGACGAAAAAACAUUACAGGUGCGGCUGAUGAGUUAUAUCUACACAAAAGCUGUUCGGGUACUUGUGUGGCUGCAACAUGAGGAUGAUCAAGUAGUCCAAGAUUCCUUGAAUGCCAUAUGUCGACUUGUAUGUGAAGAAGAUGCCUUUAGCAGAUUCGAAUCGGUGAAAGGAACAGCACCCAAUAUAUUAUAUCGAUGGCUUGAUGUAGAUGUCACUACCGUCAGCCAAAUGGAGCCUUCCGAACUUACCAAUGUCGCUAUCGAUGCUCUGGAACUCGUCUGCCACUCACCUUGGUUUGGUCGGGGAUGGGUAGUCCAGGAGGUGGCAUUAAGCACUUCGACGUCAGUGUUUUGGGGUCACAGUGAAAUCGACGUUGAGUGGCUGGCUAUGGCAGCUUACUGUGUCAGCAGUAAACAUAGUUUCAGAGUAAGCCAGGGGAUAGUCAAUUGCCAAUUUCUUCAUUUGGUGUGGAGGAAAUCACGUAGGUCCUGGGGUCCAAGGCAAUCUCUUAUCGAUCUCAUUUACUCAACCAGCGACAAGGCGUUCAACGAGCCAAAGGACAGAAUUUAUGGUUUACUGGGGCUGAAGACACUUGAGUGCGACCUUGCAAAUGGUCAGUCUUUCAUUGACCCCGACUAUAAUAUUACGACUAUGGAAUGCUAUCGCAGGGUGGCAGCGAAACUGCUCUCCGAGUGGCACGACCUCAGGGUACUUUCUUGGACGCGCCCCGUUCCAGAGUCAGCUAAAGACUGGCCAUCGUGGGUGCCAGAUUGGAGCGGAGACCCCGAUCCAGCGUUGGCAGACCUUAUAGAUGAGGAACGCCAGGAAAAGAAUACUUCGGGUCUUGUUCAAAUAUCAGAAACGGUCUUCGGUAAGACUCAGUGCAUUGAAAUCACAGGUUUCAGAGUCGGUACGAUAAACCGGGAAAUCAAGGAAUACGCCAACUUAGCAGACUAUCAGGACGAUCCUUGUCUAUUCGAAGGACUGCAAGCCUUGCUCCGCCAUCUGGAGCACAUGUACAGCCAGCAGUGUCUUGCCUUCACCUUUGGCAACGCCCUAAGGGGUCGACCACUAAACUCUACCCGUAUCGCAAAUCGUCUUAGUGAAUAUAGUGCAUUCAUGGAGAGAGAUUGUGUCCUAGAUAUCUAUUCGCCGCCUGCAGGAGCAUGGUCGGAUGAUCGCUCCGAUCGCUUCGUACCGAGCGCGGAUAUGUUCGCUUUCGACUGCGAUCUUGUGAUAAAAGAUCAUCGCCUUUUUGUUACUAGCACGGAAAUGUUAGGCAUUGGUCCUCGAGCAAUGAUACCGGGCGACGUCGUGGUCGUGUUACACGGUGGCCAGGUACCUUUCGUCCUCAGGCCUGCGGACAACGGCCUCUGGAGGCUUGUAGGCGAAUGCUACCUCUACGACGUCAACGAAGGUCGUGUUCACCGAGAAUGGGAAGAGAAAGGCAGCGUGUCUGAGAAGUUCACUAUCUGCUGA